AUGGCGGAUGAAGCUGGCAUGCGAGCGCGCUCCGCGACGAGGACUGUCGUCCGGUGGAUGGCGUUGCUGCUGCUGCAGUGCUUGGGCAGUCACCCCUCCUUCACCGCAGCGGGAGAGGACAGACGCGUGAUCGUUAAAAUCAAGACGUUUUUUGGCAGGCCCUAUUGGGAGUUUAUUGAGAGGCAUGUUGUCGUCGUUUAUUUUGACGUAUGUGCUGAUGCCUGUCGUGUAGGUGGAGGCCUCCCUUAUGCGGAUCAAACAUCUGCUGCGCAUCAGUCCAUCACGGAUUGCUUGAGACUGGUGCGAGGCUCUACAGAUCCUGCAAUACAUUCACGUACAUGGGUGGCGACGCCAUGUGAAGCGUCAAUUGGCAGGAGGACCCAGCCAAAGAGUGUCAACGAGGUGUUAUUGGAGCGUCUUUGA